UUUACUUCCGGUGCAAAGGUCAAAGGUAACGAUACCGCCCUGCAAUUGGCUUAUUGUCAGUGUUCUCAAGUUUGAUUGGACAGGAAAAUACACGCCUUACAUCAGCGUGAGCGACCACAACAAACUAAAUAACCUACAAGGUCAUCCAUGUUUGUCUGACUGAAUCUGUAUCCAGGAUGCUGACGGCACACAGGGCAUGUGCAGCACUGGCUGUACGAAGCUUGUUUGGAGCUCCAUUGUCUUACACACACGGCUUUCAAGUUCACACUUCAGUAGCACGUCCGGACCGGGUUGAGCUGCACCCAGAGUGGGCCAGCUUGGCUAAGAAACAGCUGAAGGGAAAGAACCCAGAAGACCUCAUCUGGCACACUCCAGAGGGAAUCAACAUCAAACCAGUAUACACCAAGAAAGACUCAGAAAAACUUGCUGAUGAACUGCCGGGAGUGUUUCCCUACACUAGAGGGCCCUACCCCACCAUGUACACUUACAGACCUUGGACAAUUCGACAGUAUGCCGGCUUCAGCACCGUGGAGGAGAGCAACAAGUUUUAUAAAGAUAACAUUAAAGCUGGUCAGCAGGGUCUGUCUGUGGCCUUUGACCUCCCAACGCACCGCGGUUAUGACUCAGACAACCCCAGGGUUCACGGUGACGUGGGCAUGGCUGGAGUAGCUAUAGACACGGUGGAGGACAUGAAGAUGCUCUUUGACGGAAUCCCCCUGGAGAAGAUGUCCGUCUCCAUGACGAUGAACGGAGCUGUCAUUCCUGUGCUGGCCAUGUUUAUUGUCACCGGGGAGGAGCAGGGUGUUCCAAAGGAAAAACUAACUGGCACCAUUCAGAAUGAUAUUUUAAAAGAGUUUAUGGUACGAAACACCUACAUUUUCCCCCCGGAGCCUUCCAUGCAUGCCAUUGCAGACAUUUUCGCCUACACCUCUAAGCACAUGCCCAAGUUUAACUCCAUAUCCAUCAGUGGCUACCAUCUUCAGGAGGCUGGUGCCGAUGCUAUCUUAGAGGUAGCUUACACCAUAGCUAACGGUCUGGAGUACUGUCGAACGGGUCUGAAAGCAGGUCUGACCAUCGAUGAGUUUGCUCCAAGGUUGUCCUUCUUCUGGGGUAUAGGAAUGAAUUUCUACAUGGAAAUAGCCAAGCUGAGGGCAGCCAGGAGGUUAUGGGCCACUCUGAUUAAAGAAAACUUCCAGCCCAAGAACACCAAGUCCCUCCUGCUGCGCACCCACUGCCAGACGUCAGGCUGGUCUCUCACAGAGCAAGAUCCGUACAACAAUGUGAUUCGUACCGUAAUCGAAGCCAUGGCUGCUGUGUUUGGCGGCACCCAGUCGCUACACACCAACUCUUUUGAUGAAGCUCUGGGAUUACCAACGGUGAAGAGUGCCCGCAUCGCUAGAAACACCCAGAUCAUUGUCCAAGAAGAGUCAGGCAUCCCUAAGGUGGCCGAUCCCUGGGGGGGCUCACACAUGAUGGAAGCUCUGACUGAUGACGUCUACAAUACUGCUCUGAAGUUCAUUAAAGACAUCGAAGAGAUGGGAGGCAUGGCCAAAGCUGUGGCAGAGGGGAUUCCAAAACUUCGGAUUGAGGAAUGUGCGGCACGAAGACAGGCUCGCAUUGACUCAGGGUCAGAAGUCAUUGUUGGGGUGAACAAGUAUCGUCUGGAGAAGGAGGAGACCGUGGAGGUGCUCGCCAUAGACAACACCUCAGUUCGUCAGAGACAGAUUGAAAAGCUAAACAAGGUGAAGGAGUGUCGUGAUGCUGAAGCUGCACUGAAGUGCCUGGUGGACAUAGAGGAGUGUGCUCGAACCAGGAAGGGGAACCUCCUGGCUCUAGCUGUGGAGGCAGCACGAGUCAGAUGCACGGUUGGUGAAAUCACUGACGCAAUGAAGAAAGUGUUUGGUGAACACAAGGCCAGCACCAGGAUGGUGAGUGGAGCUUACCGCAGCGAGUUUGGUGAGCAUGAGGAGAUCUCCGUGGCCCACGGCAGAGUUGCAGAAUUUAAAAGCCAAGAGGGCAGGAACCCUCGGCUCCUGGUGGCAAAGAUGGGGCAGGAUGGCCAUGACAGAGGAGCUAAAGUCAUCGCCACUGGCUUUGCAGACUUGGGCUUUGAUGUGGACAUUGGACCACUGUUCCAGACUCCCGUUGAGGUGGCCCAGCAGGCCGUGGACGCAGACGUCCACUGUGUUGGAGUCAGCACGCUCGCUGCCGGACACAAGACCCUGGUCCCAGAGCUCAUCAAGGAGCUGCGGAAGCUCAACAGGCCAGAUAUCCUCGUUAUCUGCGGAGGAGUCAUCCCACCACAGGACUACGAGUUCCUGUAUCAGAGUGGUGUGUGUGCCAUCUUCGGCCCUGGAACCAGGAUCCCACAAGCUGCCGUCGAAGUCAUCGACAACAUAGAGAAGAGUUUGGAGAAUAUACGGCAAGCCAUGUAGAACAAUAACACAUUUUUAAUUAGAAUCUGACACAUUGAACAAGGAGGUAAAACUAGCUGUUUUUGAAUGACAAAUUCUGAGUUUAAGUAACUUCUGGUCACCUAGUGCAUUAUUUUUUAUUUUUUCACACCAGGAUAAUCACUUUACAGCCAUUUUAAACAUUUGAUGAUAAUGUGAAGCUACUCUGAGUGUAUUUUUGUUAAUCAUUUGCAGUUUUCUGGCUGUGUGAUUUAAUGUUGGUGUAGUGGAGAUUAAAGGUGAAAUCAAAACAAACAGCUUAACUGUCAUCUGCUUCUAAUGUUCAUGAGUUUUAUCUUUCUAAAAGUGCCCCCCCCCCCCCUUCUCCAUCCAUCAGUUUAAUUCAAAUGCUUUGUGCACAGAAAGAAAAUCCCUUGAACAGUCCUCACAUUGUUAGAAGCAUUUUUGUACCUUUAUUGGCAUCUUGUUUUGCACGCUUUGGUCUAAAUAAAGCGUGUUACCUUGAAAAGGA